AGAACUUAUCACUUGACUAUAUCAUACCGAAGGGUUGACAGUAUAUAAGAAUAUAAACAACAAUAAGCAUAUAUCCAUGCAAGCUCAAAAUAGCAAGUGUCAGUAUCUAGAUAACGCAUGCCCGUAGCCUUUAGUAACUACAAUAAGGAAGAUACAAACACCCGUACUUAACGUAUGUAUAUCAUCACAUCAAAACUCAACCAAGGUGAUUACACUAUAUACCCAUAUACUUAAUUCGCGAUGGGUCCCCGCCGUCGCGUAGAUACCAAGAAUAGUGCCAAGGCACAGCAACAAGCGCUGCAAACACUUGCACAAGCACGUGCACUCCAUAGGGAAACGCAGGAGCUCGAAGCACAGUUUACACAGACAUUACGUAACUUCACAUCAUCGCGACAGUACUUUGAUGAAGGCCUGCAUCAACUCAGGCAGACAAUUGUGCAGAACUACACCAAAAUAGUGUUCAUUGCGUACGAGUAUGCGAUCGAAAAGGAGAUCGAAGUGCACCUCUGGCGUGCGGGCUUCUACAUGAUCAUAGAGGCCUGUCGUGCUGGGUUACGUAAACGACAGUCACGCAGUACAAAGGCAACUAGCCAAGGAGGUGUGAACGUGAACAUUGCAGACGCAGACACGAACAUACAAGACGAUGUAAUACGCUCACAGCCCGUAGAUAAGCUGAAGAUAUUCUUAGACUCGUUUCUGUACGAGGCAACGGGGUUCUACUUGUGUCUGUUACGCCGUAUGUUCUCAGAAUUGGGUAUGAAAUGUCCUGAAUACCUCAAUUUAUGCGGUAUAGCUGCGCCCAUGUCGUUUACUGAGGGCCCGACCUCGUUUGGAUUAAGCUUAACUACAUCCGGCACACGCUCUGACGCACGCAGUAAUUAUGACAACAAUAGAGGCCAGAGUGAGAAGGAGAACUCACGCGAUAGCAGAGACUCGGGCAGUUAUAAGAACACUAGAUAUAGCGAUAGAGAAGGCAAUUCACGUAGUAGGGAGACAGAAGGGGGUACUUCGGUCAAUACACACCAUCCAGCAGUUAAUGAGAGUGUGCACCGUAGUCUUAUAUUUCUGGGUGAUCUGGCCAGAUAUCAUGAUGGGUUGAGCGAUGCGCGUGGCCCCAUAUUCUCGUCAGCACACUCGUUCUACUUUCAGGUACGUUAG